AUGCUCGCCACCUCUUCGAAUCCGCUACCUAAUGACAUCCACCAUGGCAUCAGCGAUGUAGAUGUCAGCACCGGUGUCCCGGGCACCUCUGCCGACUAUGGAAAGAUAAACACGGCCUUCAACAGUGGUGACCGGCGUCCCCGACUCGCACCUGUAGCCGUAAUCACGCACAACCACAAGCCGAAUUCAUCCCUCACCACCUUCGACGACAGCGACGACGACACGGAAGAGACACAAGAUGCACCAGUGACCUGGGCCUCCCUUCCCAGGAAGGGCCAGCUCGCCAUCCUCACCUUCGCCCGUCUCUCCGAACCCCUCACUCAGACCUCGCUACAGGCCUACCUCUUCUACCAGCUGAAAUCGUUCAACCCCUCACUGCCGGACUCGACCAUCUCCGCGCAGGCGGGGAUUAUGCAGGGCAGUUUCACCGCCGCGCAGUUCCUGACGGCCGUGUGGUGGGGUCGGCUGGCGGAUGCGGAGUGGAUGGGACGGAAGCGGGUGCUUCUGAUCGGGUUGCUGGGGACGUGUAUAUCGUGCGUGGGAUUUGGGUUUUCGCGGUCGUUUGCGACGGCGGUGGUGUUUCGGGUCCUUGGCGGAAUCUUGAAUAGUAAUGUUGGUGUGAUGAGGACGAUGAUCUCGGAGAUUAUUGAGGAGAAGAAGUAUCAAUCGCGCGCGUUUCUACUGCUCCCUAUGUGUUUCAAUAUCGGAGUGAUCAUUGGUCCGAUCCUGGGGGGCUCGCUGGCCGACCCGGUCAGUAACUUGCCGAAUAUUUUUGGUCCGGGGUCAGUUCUUGGUGGUAAGGACGGCGUGUGGUGGAUGGAGCGGUGGCCGUUUGCACUGCCCAAUGUCCUUAGUGCUCUUUUCAUGCUUGCUGCCUUCCUGGCUAUCUGGUUGGGACUUGAUGAGACACACGAGAUUUCACGGUAUCGAAGCGACUGGGGCCGGCAACUUGGCCGUAGCCUUGCUAGGGUAUUUUCUAGACGCCGGGCUCCGCGCUAUUAUCGCCAAUUGCGAAACAGCGAAGACAACGAGUCGCUCUGUAUUGACGGCAGUGUGGUCAGCAAUAGUCCUCUUCGUUCUCGUUUCCCACCCCGGCACGAACGCCCAACCUUCCGUCAGAUCUGGACACCCAAUGUCCUCUUGACCCUGCUGGUGCACUUCCUCCUGGCCUUCCACACCAGUGCCUUCAACGCUAUGACAUUCGUCUUUCUCCCCACCCCAAGAGCUGCUGAAGAUAGUCGACAGGGCUUCUUCAACUUCGGCGGUGGACUCGGCCUGCCGUCGUCGCGCGUCGGCCUUGCAACGGCCAUCAUCGGGAUCAUCGGCCUCCCGCUGCAGAUUUUCGUGUACCCGCACGUCCAGGCCCGACUGGGAACCCUAACAUCUUUCCGGGCCUUUCUUCCCUUCUCGCCUUUGGCGUAUACGCUCAUGCCAUUCCUGGUGAUCAUCCCCCGGUAUCCCUGGCUGGUCUGGCCUGCCUUCACGGCUGUGGUCGGGUUGCAGGUUAUCUCCCGGACGUUUGCGUUGCCUGCGGCUAUCAUCCUGGUGAACAACUGUGUCACCGAUCCUUCGGUUCUUGGAACUGUGCAUGGUGUGGCUCAAAGUAUAGCGAGCGCGGCGCGUACCCUUGGCCCCUUCAUUGGAGGAUGGGGGCUGGGGUUGGGGCUCAAGCAUAACCUUGUCGGUGGCAUAUGGUGGGCGCUGGCGGUGGAAUCUUUGAUUGGCUGGUUACUGCUGUGGACGAUCUACGAGGGCAAGGGGAUCGAAAAGAAGAAAGAGGAGACCGAGGGGGAAGAAUCAUGA